AUUUCAAGUACUUUGAAGAUGCUUCGGACGAAUACAGAGAUAACAUGGGGACGCUGCUGCCACUGUGGAAGUUUCAGUACGACAAAGCCAAGCGGCUGGCCGUCACCGCCCUCUGCUGGAACCCCAAAUACAAAGACUCGUUCCUCGUUGGACAUGGCUCUUAUGAUUUCAUGAAGCAGAGCCGGGGGAUGCUCCUGCUGUACACCCUCAAGAACCCCUCUUUCCCCGAGUACGCCUUCGCCAGCGAGAGCGGGAUCAUGUGCCUUGACAUCCACAUUGACCACCCCUACCUGAUUGUGGUGGGUUUCUACGAUGGCAACGUGGCCAUCUACAACCUGAAGAAACCCUCUGCCACGCAGCCGGGCUACAAAAGCAGCAGCAUGUCUGGGAAGCACACCGACCCCGUCUGGCAG